AUGUCAUUAUUUUACGAAAUAGAAAUAGAGGAUAUUUUGCAAAUCUUUGAUAAUGGUGAAAAAUAUGAGCCAGAGUAUUUUAAAGAGCCAGUUAUAGAAUGGGUAAUUGGAUUGAUUGUUUCAAGUUCAGACUGUAUGGCUUUUUAUAUUGCAACUGAAUUGUUUGUGUUUAUUGAAGGCAUUGGAAAUUUUGGAAUUCUUGAUAAUAAGGGUUCUAUGUCAUCUUUAUCUCUUUACUCUAUUCCAAAAGGUGAUUGGUUUGAUCAUAUUUCAUCAGCUCAUUAUACAGCUGAAAUUAUAAUUUAUUUUAGCUUUGUAAUUCUUACUAAAGGAUUUAAUUUAACUAUCUGGCUAACUUUUAUUUGGACGAUUGUUUGUUUGGGGAUUAUUGCUAAAAAUUCUGAAAAAUGA